GCCCGCCGUCCGAGCAGCCCCGCGGCGCGCUCUGCCCUCGGGGUCGCGGCGCCCGUCCCUCUCUGGUUCUGCUGUAGCCUAGCACACCGAGGCCCGGGAGCCUGGCUGGGGCAGGGACUGGAGCCGCGGGACGGCUCCUGGAGGUUCGCGGGAAGUCAUGGAGUUGAACACCAAGAAGAAGCUUCAUGCCCUGUCCCUGGCUGAGAAGAUCCAGGUGCUGGAACUCUUGGACGAGUCUAAGAUGUCCCAGUCAGAGGUGGCCCGGCGCUUCCGGGUCUCCCAGCCCCAGAUCUCACGUAUCUGCAAGAAUAAGGAGAAGCUGCUGGCAGACUGGUGCAGUGGCACGGCCAACCACGAGCGCAAGCGCAAGCGUGAGUCCAAGUACAGUGGGAUUGACGAAGCUCUGCUCUGUUGGUACCACAUUGCCCGAGCCAAGGCCUGGGACGUCACUGGGCCCAUGCUGCUCCACAAGGCGAAGGAACUGGCUGAUAUCAUGGGCCAGGAUUUUGUGCCCAGCAUCGGCUGGCUUGUCCGCUGGAAACGCCGAAACAAUGUGGGCUUUGGGUCCCGCCAGGUCCUCGUCCCUCUGUUGCCCCCUGAACCACCUCCCUCGGGGCCUCCAUCCCAGGCCCAGCCACCUCUUUCUCUUAAGGACUUCUCACCGGAAGAUGUUUUUGGCUGCGCUGAAGUGCCCUUGUUUUACCGGGCAGUGCCCGGCAGAGUGUUUCAAUGUGACCGGUUGCAGGUACUGCUGUGUGCCAACAGCAGAGGCACAGAAAAGCGAAAAGUAUUUGUGGGUGGGCUCCAGGUUGCCCCAAGAUGCUUCUUUGGGGUCAACAGUGACGCACUACCUGCCUCUUAUCACCCGGACCUAGCAAUCCCCUGGUCAGAGUGGCUGGCACAGUUUGACCAGGACAUGGGACAACAGGGCCGACGGGUAGCCUUGCUGCUGGCUGCCAGAGUGGCAGAGGGAUGGACCAGCCCUCCCGGGCUCCACCACGUGUGCCUCCUGCCUCUCUCUGCCGCUGGCACCACACCUUCUCUGCCUGGUUCUGUGAUUCUGGCCUUUAAGGCCCAUUACCGUCACCGUCUGCUGAGCAAACUGGCUGCCACGCAGAGCGGGAAAGGGGAUGCCUCACUGGCUGAGGCCAGGGCCAGCAUCACAGUUUUGGAUGCUCUGCAUAUGGUGGCUGCAGCUUGGGCCAAGGUACCUCCUCGGCUCAUUUUGAGCAGUUUCAUUCAGGAAGGGCUUGCUCCGGGCAAAACACAGCUGUCCCUGGACAAAGACACUGAGAUGUCACCAGUCCCUAGUGGGCUGAGCCCAGAGGAGUUUUCCCACUUUGUGGACCUGGAGGAUGAGGACCCAGAGCCUGGGGUAUGCAAAGAGGAGACGGGUACUGAAGACAGUGGGAGGGAAGAAGAUGGCUUUGAGGCCCUGCCCACCAAAGCCGAUGCCCUGAGGGCACUGUGCACUCUGAGGAGGUGGCUGGAAUGCAACAGUACCUCCCCAGAGCUCUUUGAGAAGUUCUAUGACUGUGAGGCAGAGGUGGAGCGGCUCUGCCGGCUAUGAGGAAGCAGAGCCCACCCACAAAUCCUCUCUGCUUUUCCCGUUUCCCAUGGAAACGCCUCUCCAGAGGCACACUGGCUCUUUCCUGUGGAAAUAGUGUGUGGAGGGUGUAAAAGGGAAGGAAGUUGGGACACAAAGUCUAAGGUCAGAGUAACACUUGUUCAAGCCUAGAGUUUCCACAGGUGGGGCCUCGAGAGUGGGAAUCUAGGCUGUGUCGCUUCUAGGCCCUGGUAGAAGUUCUAGAGCUUUCAGGGGAGUUAGUCUUAAUAAGGUAGACCCCAGAAAGGUGGGCUUCCUGACAUCGGCCUGUCCCUUGAAUUUCGUGUCAAAAGCAAUUUUGCUUCUGGAAAUAAAG